AUGGCCUUCUGCUUCAACAGCCAUCGUCGUGUAUUACGCCUGGCGACUCACUGGCACCCGCUUUUCUCGACCACGCAAUUGAAGUCUCAUCAUGAAAUUCGACUUUUCACUGCCACUGCCACGGCUGCGGCUGCGGCACAGAUCCCACACGAUAGCGAGAUCUUCAACUACACAUCUGGCAGAUGGCUAUACAACGAAAAGAAGAGAUUUGACGAGAGACGCCUGAUAUUCAACGUAUCCGCUCUGCUCGAAGCUGCAGCCAAAUCCGUCAAUCGAACAAAAGAUGACAUCAAAUCAUUCUGCAAAUUGGCAGAAGGUGGCUUCAACCGAGUGUUCGAGUUUACUAUGCGAGAUGGUCUCCAGGUCAUCGCUCGUCUACCAUACCCUUCCACACAGCCAAAGCUCCUCGCAACUGCUAGUGAGGUGGCAACGAUGGAUCUGGUUCGGAGACAUGGUGUUCCCACGCCGAUCGUGUACGGAUACUCUGCAGACGCCAAUAAUCCCGUCGGCUCGGAGUACAUCAUGAUGGAGAAGGUACCUGGUCGAUGUCUAGGCGACAUCUGGUAUGAGCUUUCGGACAAGGAAAGAGUCACAGUAUUAGGAUCAAUCGUUGAUCAAGAAGCCAAGCUGUUCGGUAUUUCUUUUCCAGCAUAUGGAAGUGUUUACAACACAGCCGAUCUGCCCCAGCAUAUGGGUCAUGCUAAGCUAGAGGCCGAGGCUGGACGAUUCUGCGUCGGUCCGGACGUAUCUCUCAAAUACUGGUUCGAGACGCGGAGUCAGCUCGAAAUCUCGAGAAGCGCAGCUAUGACCUGUCAACAAGUCCUCGAAGGCGGAGCUCAGAAAGAACUAGCGUUGCAGACACACGGCAAGCCACGUUUGCCAUUCGACGGGGAAUACCGCGAAAUGUUUGGUUACAACAAGGUCGAUCCGGGCGAGCAUGUGAGCAGUCUUGAGAACUAUCUCAAAAUUGCUGCGUACAUUGUGCCUCACCAAGACUGGCUCUGCAAGCCAGUAAUACGACACCCAGAUCUCAAUCAGAAUAACAUCUUCGUCGACGACGACUAUUCGGAAGCGCUGAAGAAGCCCGAAUACCCCUCAAACCUUGACGAGCUAGACGAAGACGACCGCAAGAGCGAAAUCGAGCUCUAUCGGCGGCGGCUCACGCAUUUCUACUACACUGAAGCCACGUGCACGAAGCUGAGCUCCCAUUACGACGCCUUGGCCCAUGACAAAGGACUCGUCCGAAAGAGGUUGUACUGCCUUGCUGUCGAGCCUUGGGAGGGAAACAGUAUCCCGCUGAAAGCCAAUCUCGCACUGGUUGCAAAAUGCUGGUCUGAGUUCAUGAGGACUGCACGCGAAAGCGAUUACAAGGCCGCACCAUGUCCGAUUUCAUUCCAGGAGAAGGAUGCAGAGGAGACGGUGAGAAAGAGUCUAGAACAAGAAAAGAUGGACAAGACCAUGAGGAUGUUGCGCGACGGCAUUGGGAUCAGCACCAAUUGCUGGGUCUCGUUCGAAAAAUAUGAUUAUGCUGUGGCUGCAGCAAACGAGGUUAAAGCAAUGGCUUUAGGCUUCGCCGAGAGCGACCACGAGCGUGAGAUGAUCGUGCAGCACUGGCCCUUUGCCGAUUUUGAUGAAGAUGGAUAA